AUGAACCAAAUAAUACUAAAUAAAUUACCUUUAAAACUGGGUGUAAAGUAUUUUACUCAAAUUGCUGCAGAACUAUCAGAAAAAGUAUAUACUCGACCUCACAAACCCGUUAUGGUUAAUGAAGUGAUUAAAUAUUUAAAGCCUUCAGCUGGUGAGACAUUUGUUGAUAUGACUUUCGGUGCAGGUGGCCAUUCAACUCGAAUUAUUGAAUUUGCACCAAAUAUUAAAAUUUAUGCGUUAGAUAGAGAUCCGGUUGCUCAUAACUAUGCUAAGAUUAUGGCAGAAAAAUAUCCUGGACAAGUUAUACCAUUACUUGGAAGAUUUUCAGAGUUACCAGCAUUAUUGAAAGAACAAAGAGUUUUGCCAAAUAGCAUUGAUGGUUUUAUUUUUGAUUUUGGCUGCUCUUCUAUGCAGUUUGAUGUUGCAGAGCGGGGUUUUGCUUUGUCAAAGGAUGGACCUCUUGAUAUGCGAAUGGAUGGAUUUCGAUGUCCAGAUGAGCCGACUGCCGCUGAUGUAUUAGAAAGAUGUACUGAACAAGAUUUAGCUCGCAUAAUAAAGUAUUACGGUGAAGAAAAACAAUAUAAAAAAAUAGCUCGUGCUCUUAUUGAAGCAAGAUACAUGUUUAAAAGCUUGAAAACAACUAAAGAGCUUGCACGUUUAGUGGAGUCUGUUCUUGAUAAAGAUUUUCGAACUGAUAGACUUGGUAGAUUUGCUCACUCGGCUACUAAAGUGUUCCAAGCAUUACGAAUAUUUGUUAAUAAUGAAUUAAAUGAAAUAAAUUAUGCAAUAUUAAUUGCUGAAAAAUAUUUAAAAAUCAAUGGACGUCUUAUUACAAUAUCUUUUCAUUCACUUGAAGAUACUGUUGUAAAACGUCAUUUGUCGGGUAAUAUAACUGAUAAUGCUGCUAAUACUUCAUCAAUGAGAUUCCAAAAUUAUGGAAAAACUUUUUCUCACAGUCAAGUUGUGGAUAUGACUGAAUCGCCUUGGAGAAUGUUUCAUAAACAUGUUAUACUUCCUAGUGAUGAAGAAAUUGAUGAGAAUCCUCGAUCUCGGUCGGCUAAAUUUCGAGCAAUAGCGAAAGUUAAAUAACUUAAUGUUAAUUGUCAUCUAUUGUAGAUAUUGUAAUAAAAUUAAUAACAUUGUUUGAUAUUUCAAAA